GUUAUUAUCCAAAUUUCUAAUCUCCAAACUAGAUUGUACUUUGACGAUUGCACCUCUGAAUUUCCUACGGCUGACAGUAUAUAAUAACUUGAAUUGCCGAAUCCACCUAGCAAUCAUUAUUCGAAAUACAAUUUCAUUUAUUAGAUAUACAACCUUGACUCUAGAACAUCAUAUUUACAACUUCAGUCCCCCUCACUUAGCCCUCUGCAGUCAGGCUAGAACUUCUCCUCCUUCCCUCAGUUGGUCACGUCACCCGCUCCUUUUGAUACACUUUUUCCUGAUAUUACUUAGAUAACUUUUGUUUCUUUCUCUAUUAGACCUCUACGAUUCUUUUCGCAAGCUGCGAAGCGACUGGUUCUAUGCCAUCACGUCGAGAUCCGGCUCUUGGCCCGCGGGUCUCAAUCUCUUCCUUUGGACCUACCAUCGAACAUCCCAAGUGUGGAUACUGUACAAAAGAGGCUUCAAUUCCAUGUACAACUUGCAAUGCUACAUGGUAUUGUACAUUAACUUGCCAGAAAUUUGAUCGCGAUGUUCAUCAUAUAAUUUGCCAAAGAUACACAGAUUUCGUUGCGGCGCACCCAUGUCCCGAAGACACAGUCGAAAAGAAAUACAGACUUGGUCUCCUAUUGCCGGUCGAUUCGGAGGACUUUGAAUUUGCGUGGAUUGCCAAUGGCUCCAACGGAAAAUCGGUUGCAACAUUCCUUCAAUACUACGACCAAGAUCGUAUCAACACUCGCAACACUCUUGUAGAUUACAAUAUGGCAAGCAAGAAGUUUGAUCAUUCAGUCAUUUUGGCCGUCCGAGGAGAUUUCUUGACUGACAAUUCUCAGCCGAAUGCUUGCAUCAUGAAUAUUAUGGGUGGAAAAAUGAAGUUUACCUGGAAGGGCCCAGUCGCUGUUGUUAGAGAGCGUGGCUGGGGCUCAGUCGGAAGCGCCCAGCAUUUUCAGCCAUCUGAUUUCAGAAUUCUAAUCGACUUCCUCUUCAACUAUGAAGGAAAGGUAAAUGCGAGUAUCGGGCAUGCUUGCGGCGAGGAAUCGAAGAGUGUUUUGGGCGCGUCAGUGAGCCGCAUUUUGAAGUUUCUCAUGGGGAAAGCUCAAAAUAGAAAGAGAAAAUCCAUGAACGCUCCAUUCGGCAUGGAACAACCUAAAACCUACAGAAAGCGUGCUGAAACAUUUUCUGGACCGGAUUCAAUAAUGAGCUCGACAAAUGUCCGCCCGAGACAUAAAAUGCAGCACUCAGAGCCGAGUAUCAAUCUUGGUAGUUUCAGAGAUGAUGCUUCUUCGCCACAUAAGCCGGAAUCAUUUGUCAUGCCAGAUUUCUUGCCUGAUUGGAUUAGAGAGUCAUUCAUAAUCACCGCUGGACCUAGGCCGCAUUCAGAGAUAGCUCCAUCACUUUCACUUGAUACAGAGAAGAUUUUCGAAGGAUCUACUAGUACUGUUAGUAGGACAGUUACUCCAAAAUCGCCGGUUACCUCGAUCGCAGUGACUACUAAGCAAGCUCAUCAUAACGACAAUGUUUCUAUCAGAGAAUCCCUUGACAUCUUUGACCUCUAUAAUUCAAAAAGAACCAAAGGCCUUGAUGACGAUUCCACAUCUAUUUUAUCGGGCGGACCAAGCCCAUCCAUAAUAACCACCACUUCUUUCUUUCAACCUAGACCGAUUGCCAAUCUUAGGCCAACAAUCAGGAAGGUGAAAAGUCCCCCGACAAUCAACAGAACAUCAUCUUUCUUCACCCGUCCAAAAUCUAAGAGUGUCGAGUUAAACCGCGAUCAUAUAGUACUCCAACGAAGUAUGACCGGUUCAAUCAUGUCGCCAUGGAUAGUAUAACGAGCGGAUCUACAGUGCUCUUGACAUCCAGAUGUCGAUGACAUAUAGAUAAAUACAGGAAAUGUCUUAACACUGGAGUUGAGCUAGAAACAAACAAGUACUCAGACAGGUACGGGAGAAUUUUGGUUUCGGAUAAAUGACGGGCAAUCAUGGAGAUGUAGGGGUGGUUUUUGAUACUUUCAAUUCUUUCGAUAUUUUUUGAUACUUUUUGCGCUGGCGCGUGGUGGGGGUCUUAGGCGGUUCGAUAAUGAUUUGCA